AUGAUCACCUAUGGUGGUGACAUGCUUAUGGGAUCAUCCCAAUGUCAACAACUUCACCUUUCCUCCUUUAUCAGAGAUGUAAACUACAGCUGUGGUUCGUGUGGUUAUGAGCUGAACUUGAACUCCAGAAACCGCAACACCUCCUUCAUUGAUUCCAAAUACGGUAAGUCCAUAAAGAAAGGUAUCAUUUCCUUCUUCUCCGUGGAUGAGAGCAGGUUCACUCAGAUCCAACAACUUCCUUGGUCAUGGAUACCCUUUUUCCAACGAAGAAGAACCAAGCUUCUCUGCCGCAGGUGUGGGAACCAUGUUGGUUAUGCUUACAGUUUACCCUCUCACUCCUGGGAUGGUAUUUCUGAUUCCAAAAUCUAUGAUAUCAAACUAACCACCCUUCAACCUUCAUUCUAUGAGGAACCAAGUCCUCACAUGUCAGAGGAUAUGGUUCACUACGAGAGUGCAUCUUCUUCUGUGGUGUUCUAA